ACCGACUGAACGGUUAAUUUCAUCUCUUUUCAUUCGUCGAUGAAUUUUGGCAACAAUCUGAGAAUUUGUUCAUGAUCCAUAACCUCUUCACUCUAAUAAUUUCACGAACUGAAAAUCAAUUCCAGAAGAAAAAAAAUGCUUGGCGAUGGAAGCGAAACUCCUUCAAGAUAUGAAUUGUUGACUAUGGUGAAGAAGCACUCAAACUUAAUAGGAAAAACUGUUGUUGAAGAACAAGAUGCUCCUGAUGUUGAAAUGGAUAUGAAAUUUUGGCAUGAUGUAUUUGAUUUGUAUUUUGUUCGUGGUAAAGAAUCUAGAGGACGCCAAGAUGAUGAUCUUGUUUUCUUUGUCAGAAAAUUGGUUUCUCGAGGUUCUGGUUCUAAUAGCGAUACAGAGAAUGUUGAUCCGUAUUUUGUACGCAGGUGGGCACCUGAGUUGAGCAACUUAAUUGAUGAAACUUCAAUUGACGUGGAUUGGAGGCGUUCAUUUUACUUGAAUUUAAUUGCUCAUACAUCAUUCACUGUAACUGUUGCAAUUUGCAGUCAACAGGUUCUUCAGAACCAUCAAGCUGGGAAGGAUACAUCUUUAUCCCCUAUAUAUAAGGUUGUGAAGACUGUUUAUGCAUCUCCAAGUCGUGUCAAUUUUCAAUUGGACUCUAAAAAGGAAGUGGAAACAACACCUGCUUAUCCGGAUAUAUGCUUUGCAAUUGAUGAUUUCGACUCCACAUUUGAUGCUGUGGUUUUGACUGAAAAAGAUCAUUGCUAUUGUGUAGUUCUUAAUGCACAUGACGGGGCAGCAUUUCCUAGUGAAAAGGUGUCAAAUGAUUGCAGUACUAGUGAUGAUUCCUCAGUGGAAGUUUGUACUAGUACUAGUUCUACUACAAAAACAGACACUAAGCUUACCCUUUUCUCAGGAUUUGUCAGCUAUCAGAUGGUUAGAGAUGCAUAUGAUGCCGGAAAAUCUCGAUUUGGGAGCCUUUUAUCAGGAGGCCAUUAUUCUGGCAAAACAGAUAGGAUUUACAUGAAAGGUCCCGGAGGCCGUGGGGAAGUUGAAGUAGCUGUUUCUGGUGUUGCAGAUCAAAGCCAGCAGGAUUCAGGACCACAUUCUCCAGUUAUAUCGAAGAAAGGGUUUGGAUUAGGUGUAAUUGUCCGCAGAGCUGCAUCGGUUGCAUCAGUAGCAGCAAAGCAUGCUUAUGCUGCUGCCUCUAGCCCAAAUUUGGAUGAAAUGAUACCUUUGAAGUGCAGCUUAAUGUCCAUAUCGUUGCCCUGGGAAUAUAUAGCUUAUGAUCUUCUGUUUAAGGGAGCUCCUCCAGUGAACAUGUGAUCAUUUCUGGGUGCAAAGAAAAUUGAAUUGGAGAUAUGUAAGUUAUGAAAUUAAUUUCUGUUCUGAAAGUUCUUUUUGGUGUAUGCUGCUCGUGCACGCAUAGGUGUGUGAAUAUUUUGGUGGUGGGGUGAAAGUCCCGGGGGAAUUCGUUGCACAUGUUCGACUGUUUAUAAACAUUCGUUGAUAUGUAAGUUAGUAUAUAAGCUGGAUUAUUGUUAAUUCCCACACUGCCAAUUACUAAGUUCCUUAUUAGUUAAACCCAGUUUUUUAUGAAGAAAAAUUGUGUAUCCCUUUCAAACCUGAUGUUAUCACAGUUUCAAGGUUAUGAAUGUAGAGCCACAUAUAUAGGUAGCAAUGGGUUCCACACAUUUAUGCACUACAAAUCCCAGUCGUCCAAUCUCAUCAGACGACUCUUAUUUCAAGAUCUAUUCAAGAGCAGAUCUCUGAAGUCAGAUGCGGGCCAUUUGAUUUUAAUUCAAUGGCCGAAAUUGCUCGUACCCGUGCUUCUCUAACCGCAAGCAAGGAGUUCAUAUUCACUUAAGUGCGUGUUUAGAACUUUCUCAACUCAAAAUUUCUUGCAUCUUAAUGGAAUUUUGCCAGUUCCAUAGAAGGUACAUCUAGUUGAAUAUGUUUUCAUAGGCUAAGGAAGUGGCUAAAGGAAACAAACGUGUAGAUAAAGGAGAAGCACCUAAAUUGUACUAUUCUUCUUUCCAUUAAAUUUUCUUGCAGCACAUGCAACCUAGUUACUUUAUUAUUACGCCAAAAGACACGGUUACUUAAUUAUCUUUUUUCUUCAUUAAAUUAAUCAAGGUUAGCUAAAAUGGUAAUAGAAGUGAUUGCAUGUUAUCA